AUGCCCACGAUAUCGCCAACAGCGCCGAGUACGAGUUCAGCCGCGGCCGCAUAUCGCUGUAUCCCGUGUUCGGCGACUGAGUUCCUGCCCAAGAGCCCGCAGGAGAUGAUGGCGGACGCCAGAAGCUUUAAGGGCACCGAUGUGCUGAUGGGCCUGACCGAGGAAGAAGCCGCGGCGCUCGUGUACUACGGCGGCUACUUCGACGGCGCCCCACCGGACGACAUCACGAUGGGCGACGUGCGCUACGUGGUGGGACUCUUCUUCGGCAUGAUGUACAAGCGUAACGCGGCUCCCAUCAUGAGCUACUAUCUCAACGACACUGACGAGAGCCCGAGCGACGCGCUCAAGGCCGGCGGCCGCGCCAUCGGGGACGGCGUCACCCUCUGUCCCGGAAACGAAUUCGGCGAGGACCUGGCGCGGCGCGGCGCCAACGUCUACUACUUCAUGCUGGCGCAAGAGUCGUCGUUCGGCUCGCAGCUGUUCGGGCCGACGUACGGCGAGGACAUGCUCUACAUGCUCGGCUCGAUGAACGACAUGAGCAAGAGCGACGAGGAGAAACUGCUCUCGGAGAAGAUCAUGAAGAUGCUCGGCAGGUUCGCGCGAACAGGGCGGCCAGACAUGCCUACGAUGAUUUCGGCGUGGCCUCGAUACUCCGAGGAGAACCCCCGGUACCUGUCCAUCUCGGCGAGGAACGCGAGCGUCCAGGUGGGGCCUCGUCUCGAGGAGUGCAACUUCUGGAAGAACUUCUGGAGGCUUCGCGGCGGCAACGGGGCGUCGCAGGACAUCGUGAUCGGCUGAACACUUGUGUUUGUGCGCGCACUGGCAGCUCUGCCUCGCGAGACGGCGUCAGAGUGCGGGACUUCAUCGUUGACGCAAAGUGCUCCGCGCCGUCUUAAUAAGGACCUGGUGCUCACGUUUCUACGUCAGGCUGUGUUCCAGUAUGUAGCCGCUUGAGUUCGCUCCAAGCGGUCCAUACGCCCUCUUGUGUCCUCGCCUCGAACAUCUGUAUUUUGUUUUGUUUGUUUGUUGCUCGCGUUAUUGAACUUAUCGUUUGUUGUGUACCGUGUUGUUCGCUACUGUACGUGCUCUUAAUUUGUUGCUGUUGUUGUUGUUGUUGCUUUUGUGCCCGAAGAAGUGCUUGAACAAUACGUGGAGAUACACAAAAGGAGAAACAGAUUCACCAACGCGAGAACGAGGAAGGGGAUGCAAAAUGUGAUGCUUAGGCAUCGUUCGGGGCCAUGGAGAAUAAGAAUAUGAGUAAAAAGUGCGCAUGGUAUCGGUAUCACUUGGUGUAACCUGAGUGAAGGAACUUGGUGCUAAACGUUCAUAUUCAUAACCAAUAGGCACAACAUUGUCGGUUGCUUCACGACAUUUAGUGUAGGCGUGAAAACAAAGAUGUACCAUGCGACCAAAAUUAUUUCGUCAUCAUGUGAGAAUGCCAUGAGUGAGAGCCAUGUUCGCUUUGGAACGUACACAAGCUUGCUUAACGGUAGUACAAAAGGCAGACGAACCAAGUUGUUGAGGUAGAAUCUUGCAUUGUUGGGUCCUUGGAGACUUAACGUGGCGUCAAGAGAACUCGUGAGCUGAGUCAUUGUGACACGGCUACAGGGCGUCAAUCUUUCACAGUGUCAUGACCGGUUGUACUGAUACCGCAACGUCACAUUUCGUUUAUCUUUUGUGCAACCCUAGGGUUCCAGUACUACGUCGAAUUGUUCGCGUUAACUUUCAGGGGGUAGGGUAUUAGUGCCAGCAGGUUGUAAAACCGCUGGUAAAGGUGUUUUGCCGAAGCAGCAGAGAGGAGUUGAGUUAUCGCUACAAAGUGAAGUAUUCUUGCUUUUGUUUGCUGAACUACAACAACACACGAGAAGAUUAUCCUCCUGUGUGAAGCAAGUCAACGAGAACGAAACAGGAGCGGCAGAAUGGCGUAAUCGUGGUUGGUGAGGUCAAUGUGAACGCAAACGUGGAAUUGCUGCAUUGAGUUUGCCAUGGCUGAAGUAUCCAAAGAGUUGGCAUUUUUUUUAGCGUACCUUGUUUUUUGGGCUUUGAUCUCUUGUUCAGAUUGAAGUAGACUCGUAACAAGCAUCACAGGUUCGAGAGUGACUUUCGUAUGGAUCAAUUUGCCUGAAGGUUGGACAAAUUCAUUUUGUCACAGAAAAAUUCAGCUGAAUGAAAUGAAUAGGAACAACUAAACGAAUACAGUCGCCGCGGUUUCUGGUGGCAGCCGCAGGCCCAAAAUUUAUGUGUUUCUGUUGAACUCAACAGCAAGUGCACGCCCGACGAAAGGACGUGACUUCCAUGUUUUGAACACUUAACGCCGAAAUAGUCCCAUGGGUCACCAAGAAUUACUCUAAAACAACAGAAUAGAAGGGGGUGGGGGGCUCGAACGGGUAGUAUUGCUUGAUAACGGGCACCCGACCGUGGUUUUCGUGCUAGCGUGUCACUCAAACUUACGAUUUCAAAACUCCUCACAUAUUUGGUCUCACUUAUAUGAAAUAUACAAACAUGGCUAAUGAGCUUCUAUCUUAAAAUAUUAAUACUACGAGUCGGUAAACUUGGUAAUCUUAAUUGGUCGUUGGAUGUGUCAGCAUCAACGUCUUGCACGACACUUGCCUGCGCAAUAGCCAGAACUCAGCUAUAUCAGACAGAACUUCAUGUUACCAGCUUAUCACGUAUCCAUUCUAUUGAAUAGCUAUCAAUUCGAUAAUUGCUUCUGGAAAGCAUGAUCCACCUGACUACGUUUGUUUUACAAGGGCGAAGGAGAGCUAUCUGCAAGAAGAAUCCGAGCAGCUGAACAUUUUGACAAAGCAUGUUCAUCGGUUGUUUACACGAGGUUUGGAAAUGCAUAAUCACUGCAUAAUGCAAUCUAUGCGAAAUUAGCAUCGCUGAAAAAAAAAACAAUACAUUUCUUUAAGGUGUAAUUGUUAUUUCCAGUUCACUGCCUUUGUACAAUCACCAGUUGUUGUAGUCUGGACUCACCUGACAGAGAUAAGGAGAGUUCGAACUUCGAACACGUGGCCUCACGAACUUUUCGCCACGUGUACUUAUACUGGAACGAAAAUAAAAACGCUUUGUUUCGUU